AUGACUCAGAGAGCUCCAGGACCCACCACAGCAGUGUCCUACAUGUCAGUGAAAUGUGUGGAUGUUCGUAAAAACCAUCACAAGACAAAAUGGUUCGUGCCUUGGGGACCCAACCACUGCCACAAAAUCCGAGACAUCGAUGAAGCGAUUCCAAAGGAAAUAGGAGCCAAUGACAUUGUGUUUUCUGUCCACAUUCCUCUCCCCUCCAUGGAGAUGAGUCCUUGGUUCCAGUUCAUGCUGUUUAUCCUGCAGCUGGACAUUGCAUUCAAGCUGAACAACCAAAUCAGAGAAAAUGCAGAAGUUUCCAUGGACGUUUCCCUGGCUUACCGUGAUGAUAUGUUUGCUGAAUGGACUGAAAUGGCCCAUGAGAGAGUGCCUCGGAAACUCAAAUGUAUCUUCACAUCCCCCAAGGGAAUCCACCAAAAUGGAGGCUUCACCAAGGUGUGGUUUGCCAUGAAGACCUUCCUUACGCCCAGCAUCUUCAUCAUUAUGGUGUGGUAUUGGAGGAGGAUCACCAUGAUGUCCCGCCCCCCGGUGCUUCUAGAAAAAGUCAUCUUUGCCCUUGGGAUUUCCAUGACUUUUAUCAAUAUCCCAGUGGAAUGGUUUUCCAUUGGGUUUGACUGGACCUGGAUGCUACUGUUUGGUGAUAUUCGGCAGGGCAUCUUCUAUGCAAUGCUUCUCUCCUUCUGGAUCAUCUUCUGUGGCGAGCACAUGAUGGAUCAGCAUGAGCGGAAUCACAUAGCAGGGUAUUGGAAGCAAGUCGGACCAAUCGCUGUUGGCUCUUUCUGCCUCUUCAUAUUUGACAUGUGUGAGAGAGGGGUACAACUCACGAAUCCCUUCUACAGUAUCUGGACUACAGAUGUUGGAACAGAGCUGGCUAUGGCCUUCAUCAUCGUGGCUGGGAUCUGCCUCUGCCUGUACUUCCUGUUUCUGUGCUUCAUGGUAUUUCAGGUGUUUCGGAACAUCAAUGGGAAGCAGUCCAGCCUGCCAGCCAUGAGCAAAGUCCGGCGGCUGCACUAUGAGGGGCUGAUUUUCAGGUUCAAGUUCCUCAUGCUUAUCACCUUGGCCUGUGCUGCCAUGACCAUCAUCUUCUUCAUUGUUAGUCAGGUGACCGAAGGCCAUUGGAAGUGGGGUGGUGUCACAGUCCAGGUGAACAGUGCCUUUUUCACAGGCAUCUAUGGGAUGUGGAAUCUGUACGUCUUUGCUUUGAUGUUCCUGUACGCACCAUCCCAUAAGAACUACGGGGAUGACCAGUCUAAUGGUGAUCUGAGAGUCCACAAUGGGGAAGAACUCCAGCUCACCACCACUAUCACCCACGUGGAUGGACCCACCGAGAUCUACAAGUUGACCCGCAAGGAGGCCCAGGAAUAGAUGGCGGCAGCCCCUGGCUGGGGCUGUUCCCCACAUCCCAGCCCUUCUGCCUGGAGUGUGGAGCAUGCCAGCGAGAGCUCACUGCGCGAACCAGCCCUCCGCUGCUCCCGUGUCUUAGCUGUGGUUUCUUGGAAAAGUGGCGUGGACGUUGUCACUUUACCUUCUGACCACAGCCCUUGGGAGAAGAUUCCACAGCCACUAAGGCGUUUGUGUAUAACAAAACCUCUGGUAUGACACAUUUUCUGUGAUCAUUGUUAAUUAGUGAUGUAGUAACAUCUGUAGCAGGUGGUUAGUAAACCUCAUGUGUUGGGGGUAUACUCCUUGGGGGGAUGAUGUGGGCCAGAUGGGGUCUAUAUGGAGUGGAAUAUUUGACUUCUUUUCCUGUUUUAGAUUCUAGGGUAGUUUUUUAACAUCCUUUGCAGUCCAAGAGAGGCUGCUGUCAUAGUUUCUCACUCCUAGUUCGUGACCACUUUUUUUUUCCUAUUUAUAUCACCAGGUAGCCUGUUGAGUUAAUAUUUAAGUUGUCAAUAGACAUGCGUCCCUCUUUUUUAUGGCAUACUAUAAAAUAACUGAAUUUCGUGAGACGGUCUAUUUCAGCUUUGGAACCAAAUCUGUGUAUCCAGCACUGACCAAUCUGUUGGAUGUGGGUUGGGUCUGAAAAGCUUUUUUUACCUCCUGCUUACAAUGUGUUUCCUUUUGAUAAGAUGCUUCAAGCAGCCCCCAGAAGUGUAGAUCGGAUCAAUGAAAUAAACCUAUAGGUAUAUGCAUAUAUGUACAUGCACACGUCAUCCUCCUGCUCAGCCAGGACACACGCAUGCAGAUUCUUUUCCAUGUCAAGUCCAUGGGGUGGGGGAAGUGGCUUUAUGAGAAAUUAAAGUAUUUUGCCAUCAAA